CAAUUGUUCCUCGGCGCAAAAUACAUUUGAGUGGUUUCGGAGUUGCACUGCCAACUUCACGCCGUUGGCAACGGCGGCCCGACUGACCGCAGCCCCAUAUCGAAUCCAAUGAAAACAUCACACACUUCAUUGUCAUUUUCCUUAUCCACGGUGAGCGUGAGCGAGUUAUUUUGCUUUUUCCCGGGAAAAUCGCCAUGCUGCGGCGCUAAAACGUGUCACAGUGCAAAGUACCACCCAGGGGGCUGCUUUUGGUGCUCGAGGUGGCGGUGCAGGUGUUCGCGAAGGGUGGGAAAAGGGCUGAAAAUAGUGGUGUCGAAGUAUUGGCAUCGAUGUGGUGCUGUGCAGUGUGAGACAGCCAUAAGGCGGUGCGCGAGUGCAAGUGAGACGGCCACUGAUGAGUUGGCUUGAGCGAUGAUGGAUUUUCUUGUACCUUCAUACCUGUUCCUCGGAUAAAAUAGUGUAUAUAGCAGUGUCAAUAAACUUGAGGCCCCUUCUCGCCACAGUGUAAAGACGUCGCUGGCGUGUAAAAACGCAUUACACCUCGCCAUCCACGUUGCAAUGUGCCAAGCGGAGCGCGGAAGAAGAUGAAAAGUCAACUGAGGAAGAGACAGAGUGAUUUGUGUAAAACUGGAAAUACUUGAGAAAUCCUUCGCAACAUCCUGGAGAAACUGGACAAUUUCUGAGCAAUGGCAAGUGCCGGAGAGUGCGGAAAAGGGUCCAACAUCAGUGUGACCAACAUCAAUUGCGAUCAGGGUGGAAUGCAGACGCCUGCCAUUGAGGCCACAGUGCAGGGUAACGGAUCUGGAGGGGCUCUUGCAGCUCGCGCCACGACGCCGAAUCACUUCUACGGCGGCAGCGGCAGCAUUAGGAUCUCCGUGCCGAAAAUGGAGGAGUCCGAUGAGUCGGACAGUGAACUGCUGACGAUCGAGGAGAGCGCCAAGGUGAACAUGAGGACGAAGGGCGACGGAACGGCUGCCAAAACCGCUCCGCGGCCCAUGUCAUGGGAGGGUGAGUUGUCUGAACAUGAAGACGUUAUGGAUGUGGACAAUGUGGCGAGCAAUGGGACCGCGAUUGCCGCGACGUUCGGCGAUCCGGUGAUAAAGGUGGAGCAGCGCGAUAUGGAUGCGAAGGAAGAGAAAGUGACAGAUGAGGCGAUUUCCCUGAUAGCUAAGGCCUCCAGUGAGUCGAGCAACGUCCCAGUGGAUGCCACCGGAAAGCACUUCAUGCAGAACGACGUGGUGAACUUGAAAGUGGAGUCCAACAUGCCGGAGUACAAUUCAUCCGUGCAGGCGCCACUACUUGUGCGCUCCAAGACAACUCUCCUGCCAGCCAAUCCGAGCCCAGACUCUGCAAUCCACUCCGUCUACACGCACAGCUCGCCGAGUCAGUCGCCGCUCACGUCCCGCCACAACAUUUACACACCCUCGCUGAGCCGGAACAACAGCGAUGCCUCGCACAGCAGCUGCUACUCGUACAGUUCGGAGUUCAGCCCCACGCACUCCCCAAUUCAGGGACGCCACAGCAUGUACGGCGCCAUAAAUGGCUCUCCUCUGCACCACAGCGUCCUGUACAGGCCUACAGUGUAUCCAGUGGAUGCGGAGUCUCCCGCCGCAAGGGCGUGCUUUGACGACUCGGCAGCGCUCGAGGGAGAGGCUCUGCCGUCGGCGGGCAUCUCCAGACAACAGCUCAUCAACAGCCCGUGCCCGAUUUGCGGAGACAAGAUCUCGGGCUUCCACUAUGGCAUCUUCUCAUGCGAGUCGUGCAAAGGAUUCUUCAAGAGAACCGUCCAGAAUAGGAAGAACUACGUUUGCGUCCGAGGAUCUGCGUGUCCGGUGACCAUUGCCACGAGGAAAAAGUGUCCGGCAUGCCGCUUUGAGAAGUGCCUUCAACGUGGGAUGAAGCUCGAAGCAAUUCGUGAGGACAGAACCCGCGGAGGUAGAUCGACGUAUCAGUGCUCAUUCACGUUGCCUGGAUCAAUGCUGUCGCCCUCUGUGAUGUCAGAGUCGUCGGGAUGCCAUCAGAACUAUCGCAUGACUGUGCCGCCGAUGAAGGUUGAGGUGGGCGAGAGUGCGGGCGGCUCCAAGCCACGCAUUCCGACGCUUCUCCAGGAGAUUAUGGAUGUUGAGCAUCUCUGGCAGUACAACGAAUCGGAGCUGCUGAGACUCAACCAACCGGCGCCGCCGGUGACGAAUGGGACACAGGCAACGAAUCCUCUGCUGGCCAGCGCUGGACUAUCGCAAGGGGACAAUUCCAAUCCAGACUUAAUCGCAAAUCUGUGCAAUAUUGCCGAUCAUCGGCUCUACAAGAUUGUCAAGUGGUGCAAGAGUUUACCGCUCUUCAAGACCAUCUCGAUUGACGAUCAAAUUUGUCUCCUGAUUAACUCGUGGUGUGAACUUCUGCUCUUCUCCUGCUGCUUCCGAUCCAUUUCCACACCCGGAGAGAUUCGAAUAUCCCAGGGAAAGUCUAUAACAUUGGCUCAGUCGCGAUCUAGUGGAUUGCAAGCUUGUGUGGAGAGAAUGCUCAAUUUGACUGAUCACUUGAGACGCCUUCGCGUCGAUCGCUAUGAAUAUGUUGCGAUGAAAGUAAUUGUAUUGCUUCAAUCAGACACUUCGGAGUUGAAGGAACCAGAAAAGGUGCGCACAAGUCAGGAGAAGGCUUUGCAGGCACUUCAAGCUUACACUUUGGCUCACUAUCCAGAAUCACCUGCCAAAUUCGGAGAGUUGCUUCUGCGAAUUCCUGAGUUGCAACGAACUUGCCAGGUCGGUAAAGAGAUGCUGACGAUCAAGUCAAAGGAAGGAGACGAAUUUGAUCUGCUUAUGGAGCUCCUGAGAGGUGAACAUUGACACACUGUUCCCUGUGGCGACGGCAAUUGUACUAUAAAAUAGUACAGGGAUGAAAAUAGUUUGUUUUGCAAUUCCUGACAUUAAAAAUGACACAAAAUCCAGUGUGUGACUUGUGGUACAGUUGAUAUGAGGAAUUUAAGUAAGAUUGUAGGAAUGUAAUGUCUUAUUUCUCUACAUUGAAUGGUUAGUUUAUUAUUUUUCUAAAAGAAUUAAUUAGGACAAUUAAGCAAAAAAGUGCGAAGAUAUAUCAGUGAGACGUAAUUAUUAUAUAUAUAUAUUUUUGAGAGAAAGGGGAUGCAAAAGUCAAGUAUUUUUAUACGAACUUUUAGUAUGUAAAGAAUUGGAUAAACAUAUAUUUUUCUUAAGGACACCAAUGACGUAAAGAAUGUGCCUUUAAUGAGACAAAUCCUUUUGAGGGUGUGUAAUUUUUGCAUCACAGAGAAUUUUUCUCGUUGAUUUCAAUGUUGAAGAUGUGUAUUUUUUGCUAUAAUUAUUUAUUUCGGAAGGUCACUUUUGUGCGAGAGAGAAAGGAUUCAUGAGAAAUAUGUCAUUGGAGGGAAAAAGGAGGGAAAUUUAUCAGUUCAAUUGGCAAAGCUACGUUGAAGGGUAAUUUAAUUACUAACAUUAACAUUAUAAUUUCAUUUUAUCCUAAUCAUAGAUUGUGACGACAUCUGAAAAUCAAAUCUUGAGCUGCAUUUUCCCAUUUUCUGGGAACAGAUCUGUGAUCUAUUAAUUAAAGAGGAAGGAAGGAAGGAAUGAAGAGCAUGGAAUGAUAUAUUUUCACUCUUAAAUAUAAAGCACACUUUUUCAUGUUUAGGGUAAAUUUUGAGUGUUAUGUCGUUUUCCUUUAAGGUUAUCAUAAUUAUGGAUAAGAUUCUUUUUGUGCUUCAACAUUUUCUGCAAUUAUUUAAUGACGGUUAAGGUCUAUGCAGGUGGAAGACAUUUUGGCGCUGGAAGUUGGAUUGUGGGGACCAAGAUUGUGCUUUGAUUGCAAUUCCUGUAAACAGAACUCCAGUCGAAAUGCCCGCCUGCAUGGAAGUUAAUUGAUAAGAAAGGCUGCUAUAAUGAGAAAUUUUAUAUUUUUACAAUUAUAUACAAAAUAACGUUAGACAUACUUUAACAGAGAUGAGGAGAGUGUAUUUUUUAUUAUUUUCAUUACAAUCCUUGCAAUGCUAAAAGAAAUUUGGGGUUGUCCGUCUUAUUUUAAGAGAAGAUAUUCACUUCUUGACAGAGAAAAUUCAGCCAAGUUGCGAAAGACUACAAGAUUGAGAGCCUUCCGAACUCAUGAAGAAUCACUUAAAAAAGCUCAGUAUUAGAGUGAUAGGAAAAAUAUGAGCAAUUAUUAUACAGUAAUUUUAAUUGAUGGAGUGAAAUUGCAUUCAUGAGAUGACUUACAGACUAGAAAUAAAGAACAUUUUAUUAUAUACAAA